UUUAUAAUAAGAGCAUUUCAAAAUUUUUGAGUAAAAGUUGAUUAUUAUAUUAUGAAUUUCAUGAUUUUCAACCAUAAUCAUGAACAAGAUUGCACAGCAAGCGUUAAAAUCUCUCUUGAAGAUUCGACCGAAUUUAUCGGGAUAUCGCCAAAAAAAUUUAGCAUUGAAAUAUUACAUCCCUUGCAUCAAGUAUUCGUAUUCCUUAUCAAAAAUAAAUAGCCCUCAAUUCAGUUCCAAUGCAUCUUCAUAUCCUACCAGUUUAAUAAUUUGUCUCAGCUUAUUGAGUUGGUUGGGAUUCACUGAAGAAGAUGAAGAUAAAGAGUCUGAACUGAUAAUGACCCUUAAAAGGGCAGUAUUAUGUAAACAACAAGAAAAGUUUGACAAAGCAGAACAGAUGCUGCAUCUAGCACUUCGAAUAGCCCAACAACAACAAAAUGAUCAAGGAGUUAUUUAUUGUUAUGAUUUAAUGGCAAAUUUAGCAUUUGACCAAAACCAAUUGGACAAAGCAGAAAAAUUAUUCAAAUAUGUUUUACAAAUUCUACUGGGUAAGGGUGUGGAACAGGAAAGUCUUGAGGUUAUUCACAUAAGCUUGAAACUUGCAAGGAUUUGUCAACUGAAAGCAGACUUAGAUAAAGCUGAAAUAGGUUACAAGUGGUGCCUAGAGCAGAUAGGUAAACAAAAAGAUGAUAAAGUAGCUGCUAAGGUUCUAUAUGGAGUCAUCAGUGAUUGGUAUGCACAGUUCUUACUAGACAAAGGUGAUCUGAAAAAUGCACUGAUCUUUCUGAAUGAGGCCCACAAGGCCUGUGUUCAAGCUGAUGGUGAGCACUCUAGCCAAGUAGUAUUGCUGUUGAAUGAUAUGGGAAUAACAAGUUUUCGAGCUGAAGAUAUGGUGAAUGCUGAAAAGUUUCUGACAGAAGCCAUAGAAAUUGGGAAAAAUCUGGAAGAUAAAUCACAUUUAGGAGUUGUUCAUGCAAAUCUUGGGCUAGUAUUAUUACAGAAAGGGAUUCUUGCAGAAGCACAGAAAUUCUGCAAAGAAGCUUGGCAACUAGGCAAGAGACAUGAAAAUAUUGAAUCUAUGGAACAGGCAAAUUAUUGUCUGGACCAAAUAAAGCUCAAUAUGGGAAAAUGAGUUGUAGAUAAAUUGACUAAAGUACUUACCCAGGAACUCUCAUGUGAGAUAUGUGAAAAAAUGUUUAAAUAGUGUAAACCUUGAGUAUUGUUUCAUUGGAAUGUACUUGUGAUCCAUUUCAAUUAUAAUUAUAUGUUACCAA